CUCUCUCUCUCUCUCUCUGUGCUUCCCCUCUGCCCCCAAGGCCUUACCUUCUGAAGCGGGAAGGGGAAGGAGAAGGCUGCAAAACUCGCUCAGGAAUUCUCCCUCUGAGGAAGCGUUUGGCACUGUGAGCUGCUUGGAAAGGCGAGCAGAAUGAGAGCAGGUAUAUUUCUAGCUGCCAUCUUGUAUCUUCUGUCCAGCAACAGGCCAUGUCAUGGGACUGCACCUUCAGAGGAGGAGGAGGAGGAGGAAUAUGGAGAAGCUGCCGGUCCUGCUUGGCCCCCACUGAAACUGGGCAUGUCAAUCUGUGCCUUCAAAGCGGAUGGAGGGCCCUGCAAAGCAUUGCAUGUCCGCUAUCACUUUGACAUCCAAACCCGCCAGUGUGAAAUCUUUAAUUAUGGGGGAUGCGAAGGCAAUGAAAACAACUUUCUGACUCUAGAGGAGUGCCAGCUAAAGUGCAUAGUACCAGAUGUGCCUGAGAAGAAAAAGAGAUCAAAAUCUCAGACAGGAAAGCCUCCUUACUGCCUUCUGGAGAAUGACCCCGGUAUCUGCCGAGGAUUAAUUACCCGGUAUUUCUUCAACAAGGAAUCGAUGAAGUGUGAGAAGUUCCAGUAUGGUGGUUGCCUAGGAAACCAAAACAACUUUUAUACUUUGAAAGAAUGCCAAGAUACCUGUGAGGACAACCUUCUUUCUGUCAAUUCAUUGCAAAUAACCGAAAUGCUGGUUAGCACAACGAAUAAUACUACUCCAGUUGUAAAGCAAGAAUCAGUCCUGCUCCCUUCCCUCUGUGUAAUGCGCAGGGACAGAGGCCUUUGCAAAGCCAAUGAGAAAAGGUUCUUCUACAAUCUCACUACCGGCAAAUGUCGUCCGUUCAGUUACAGUGGCUGCGGCGGGAACGAAAACAACUUCACCUCUAGAAAGUCGUGCCUGCAGAUGUGUAAGAAAGGUUUCCAAGGCAGAAUGAAAAUUCGCCGGAAGAGAAAGAAACAAGUGAAGCUGAUAGAUGGGGAAAUUGUCAUCGAGAGGAUAUAGCUUCCCUUCUACCAUCUUCGCCUAGCAUUUGCAUUUCCUGCCUUAUUCACACAUAUUAUUUAUCGAGAGUUUAUGCUGCUGCUUUUGUGUUUCUUCUUUCUCCUGUACAUUUUGUAGACGGCACAAACCGAAGCUUUCGCUGUUAAAACUAACACCGUGAGCCUGUCCUAUAUGCCGGUUGCAUAGAAAUCAGUGGGACUCCCCCCAGCCCAGAUUUAAAUGUUGUCAGAUUUCCAUGGUUAUAAGGCUCUGAUCCUGAAUUUUUGUAUCCUUGGUAUUCCCGAUUUUCGUCUUUUGAUGUUA